AUGGACUUUAUGAAACCUGAAACAGUAUUAGAUUUGAACAAUAUACGUGAGGCAUUAAUACGUAUGGAAGAUACAAUAGUAUUUGACCUUAUUGAAAGAUCACAAUUUUUCAGUUCACCUUCAGUUUACCUCAAAAACAAAUUUAAUAUUGAAAACUUUCAGGGGAAUUUUUUAGAAUGGGCAUUAUUACAAAUGGAAAAAGUACAUUCACAAAUUAGAAGAUAUGAAGCACCAGAUGAAACUCCAUUUUUCCCAAAUCAAAUAUUAAAUCCUAUAUUACCACCAAUAGAAUAUCCACAAAUAUUAGCUUCAUAUUCAAAUGAAAUUAAUGUAAAUGAUGAAAUAAUGAAAUUUUAUGUUGAAGAAAUAGUACCGAAAGUUAGUUGUAAAGAAGGUGAUCAAUUAGAAAAUUUAGGUAGUGCAUCAACAUGUGAUAUUGAAUGUUUACAAGCAAUAUCAAGAAGAAUUCAUUUUGGAAAAUUUGUAGCUGAAUCAAAAUAUAUAAAUGAUAAACCAACAUAUAUAAAAUUAAUUUUAAAUAAAGAUACGGAGGGAAUAGAAAAAUCAAUAACAAAUAGUGCAGUAGAAGCAAAGAUUUUAGAAAGACUUGUGGAAAAAGCUCAAAGUUAUGGUAUAGAUCCUUCACUCAGGUUUGGUACAAAUAUCCAAAGUAAAGUAAAACCUGAAAUUAUUGCUAAAUUAUACAAACAAUUUAUUAUACCAUUAACUAAAAAAGUUGAAGUAGAUUAUUUGCUUAGAAGGUUAGAAGAUGAAGAUGAAGAAAUAAUCAAUAGAUAUAGAAGCGAAUAA